AUGGACAACCCAUACAACGACCGAGACCGAAGCUCGAACCGCGACCGCGACCGCGACCGCGACCGCAAUCGAGACCACUCGCGCACUUAUGAUGACCGCAACAACAAGCGCAGCCAUGACGACGAGCACGACGGUCGCGACAAGAAGCGCCCCAAGCAAGAUCAUCACAACAACCGCAAUGGCCGUCCACAGCAAUCUCAAGACGGCCCAUCUCGUAACCGGAACAAGAAACAGGAGCACCGCAAUGAUGGUGGAGCAGAACGUACACCUCGUCAAGUCGACGCGAUCAAGGACGAGAACCGCCGCUUGAAGGCAGAGCUGAACGCGCUCAAGGCAAGUAUCGCCCACGGCGACUCGAACAUUCAGAACGGCAACGCUACCUCUGCCCAGCUAUCGCACAGUGAUGCCUAUGCUCAGCUGCCAGCACCCCAGGAGAUCCUCACAGAUGUUGCGCUCUACACACCCUUCACAGUCGCGGAUGGCCUUCCACAGCUGCCUCCCGUGACUGACGAGAAGUUGCGUGCUGCAGUCUUCAAGCACAAGUCGAUCUACGCGCAGCAUCAAGAUGGCGCGGAGGGCAUCAUCACCUACGAGAAGCUCGAGUAUCUUGGCGACGCAUACCUCGAGCUGUUCGCGUCACGCCUGAUCUAUCACCGCUUUCCGCAACUUGCCGCAGGCCAGAUGUCACAAGAUCGCGAGACGCUGGUCAAGAACGAAACACUCGCCCGUUUCUCCAAAGCAUACGGGUUCGACAAGAAGGUGCAGGUGGACAAGAGCGUCAAAGCACAGAUGGAGCAUGACAAGGCCAACAAAGGCUUCAACAAAGUUCUCGGAGAUGUCUUCGAAGCUUACGUUGCUGCGGUCGCACUCAGUCACGAGGACGGGUUCGCAGCUGCCGAGAAGUGGCUGACGGCGCUUUGGGCUCCAAAGGUGCUUGAAUUGUUUCAUGCUCACAAGAGUCUCCUCAUCCAUGCGGAUGGUGCCGACCCUCUCACCACCUUCAACCCCAACGCUGCCCAAGAGCUGUCCGCCCGCAUCGGCAAUGGCCGCGACUGCAAGCUUGACUACAAGGUCCUCCCAACAAUAGAGCUGAAGGAUGAUCACUUGGGUCAGAAUUUGUGGAUCAUGGAGCUCUACAUCGAUGGGUACGGGCACACACACAAGCUUCUUGCCAGGGGUCAAGGUGCGAACAAGAAGGAAGCCAAGGCAUGGGCAGCCAUCAAGGCCAUGCACGGCGAGAACAAGUACGUCGUGGAGGAGUGUGAGGCGAAGUGCCGAAAGUCGAGAGAGCAGCACAAGGCACAGAAGGAGAUGCAAGUCAAGCAAGAGACUCAAGUCAAGCAAGAGGUUCCAGUCAAGCAGGAGAAGGACUUGGUGGGAAGUGCAUCUUAG